GAAGAGUAUCUACUUUGGCAACACUGUUCCUGUGUAAUUUUAAUUUAAAAUAAUAGAAUCCAAUAUUUUAACAUUUUUAUAUUUCAAAUUAUAACAUAAUUAUAAGUUAUCUUUAUUUCGUAGACUUAUAAUUUAUACAUCGUUAUUAUGUUAACGUUAUGGAAUCUGUUUGAAGCGACAUUAUUAUGUCUUAAUGCAGUAUGUGUUUUACAUGAAGAACGAUUUAUGCAGAAAAUGGGAUGGGGAGCAAAUCGACCAAAUCAGGGUUAUGAAGACCAAUCAUCAGUUAAAUUCCAAAUAUUAAACUUGGUUAGAUCAAUAAGGACUGUAACAAGAAUUCCAUUGAUCCUCCUAAACAUCCUAACCAUAAUAUUCAAGUUAUUACUUGGAUAAAACAUCUAUAACUGAAUUUUUAUACCCAAUAAAAUGAUUAAUGUAAAUAAGUACUUAUAAAUUAUAAAUAAAUGUCUAUUUUAUAAUA